AGAUCGAGGUCCCAGUCCAUUGGCAGACGCCUCUGGGGAAAUCGCGCUCUGAGAUACCGCGCGCGCAGGCGCGCGAUGUUGCACUGUGUUUUUUUCGAGCGAGCUGCGUCUCCACGGGAGCGCUGCAUGUCCGUCUUGUCUAUAGCAGUUUGUCUCAAGCACCUUCACUCCAGCCCCUUGCCGUUCGCAGUCUUCACAGCCCAUCGACACGGCGGCAUCCACGCCGCAGAUCGCAAAGAUGUACGAGAGGAGCGAACGGCAAGCUAAACAGGCAGCGGCGAGUGCAGAGAGAGCCAAACUUGCACUCUGCAGCGCCGCCCUGCGUGAGCACGGGGUUGUGGCUGCAGCCCCCACGUAUGAUCACCUCGCCAGCCUCGGCUUCAUUGACGGCGUCACACAGAGCGUUGUCCCACGUGAGCAGGGCACGGCCCAUCCUGGGAGGAAGAAGGCGUCCACGGAUGAUAACCAAUCCGUUGCGCUGACGGUCGUGCCUGAAAUGGGGGGCACGUGGGAGCAGUCGCCGCCCGAUUCCGCGCGCAAGCUUCUCACUGCUGUCGAGCCCGCGGUGUUGAGCCGCCACAACUUGAGAACCUUGGGAAAACAAAAACAGGCCAAUACCGUUCCAAAAGACGCGUUGAUGAACCUCGUCGAAUUCCACUUCAACUUCGACCGGACGGCCAAGGUCCCGAAGUGGAGGAACAUCCAUGAGUGCAUCGCGUCCUUGACAAGUCGGUGCCAGGCCCUCGGUGCAAGGGUGUCCGCGUUGCAGUUGCCGUGCGCGCUUUCGAACCAGCCUGGGGGGAAUGCUUUCUGGGCAGUUGUGCCCCAUGCUCACCCUGACGGGUCCGAGGCAUUGAUGAACAAGGUGACUGGGAAGAUGAAGCCACUCCCAGAUUCGGGCGUCAAACUCCACAUUGAUUGCUGUUGGUCCGAAACGCGCGGCACGUUGCUGGACGAGUCCGGCCUCGCGGUGAACUACAAGUGCGCUCAACUUUUUCGUAUGACGCACGUGCCGAGCAUGGGCGGGGGCGCCUCCUCGGAUGCCGACCUGAUCCCGCCGCGCCCUGAGAGGAGGAGGGCGCUCGCGCUUCUCGCGUCGCCUCCAGGGCCGCAGGCUGCAGCUGCGGCAGUAGCCCCUGCGGCGGCACCAGUUGCGCAGGCGCCGCCCGCGGGCGUCGAUCAGCCACCCGAGGGCCAGGAUGAAAUGCCCAGCGAAACCGAUGGCGGGGCAGCAAGUGUUCCUGGCUUGGCGGGCGAGGCUGAAGCGGCCGACCCCGUUUUUGCCUUCGGCGCUCCCGUCGACCAGGAUGAACUUGACUUCCUGCCGCCGCCUCCUGCGGAGCCUGCCGCGGGUGCAGCGGGCAGUGUGUAGGGUAUUGAGGCGCUGCUUCUUUCUGAGCAUCCGCUCACGUGGCGAACACGGCAGCACUGUCCAGCGUUUGGGUGACGCGCUCAGGCGGAGUUUUCACAGGGCCAUUCGAGUGCGCGUUCUCGUUUUCCAGAUCCCCUCUUUCACGUAGGUUCCCAGUGUCCGGGCCGCUCCCUUGCCCGAUUGGCUUAUUAUUGUUGCUGGUUUUUUGUUUCAGUAGUGGCACAGGGUGCCCCCCGCGCACUGGCACGAGGGUAAGAGCGCAAUGCAUAUUGGGUUGAUGCAGCUGACUGUGCUCUUUGACCUGUGCCGCAAGCGUUGCGCCUACCAGGGGCGGUCCGAAGGAAGUUUGUCGAAUGUAUCACUGUCGUCAUCCGCAUCGCCUUCGCUAGCACCCGCGUCUGUGCAGCCACGUUGCACCGUGCCGUGGUGGCCUCGACGUUGGAGAGAUCAGAAUGCAAUAGAUUUUGUUGGAGGCAUUGGGGGGGC